AUGGGUACUAGCUGGGCCAGACACCUUCUCUACCAAGUUAUUCUCUGGACCUGCCUCAUGGAGACCUGCUUCUUGGAAGACUAUGAUUACGAUGAAAAAGACCAGUCUGCCAACGAGACGGCCGACGGGACCCAGGGUCUACUGUGCCCUCGGAGUUUCCCUGGAGUGGAAGUUGGUCCGAACAUGUUGUGCAUCAGGAACGGUUCCAAGGACAACCUGCUCGGCAAGGUCACUACAAAUCUCAUAUCCUCCGUCUACACUGCCAUCUUCUUGGUGGGGCUGCCAGCCAAUGGACUGGCUCUCUGGCUGCUGGCUACCAAGAUCCAGCGACUGGCUUCCACCAUUUUCUUGAUGAACCUCGCGGCGGCUGACCUGCUCCUGGUCCUGGUGCUUCCCUUCAAGAUCUCCUAUUACUUCCUGGGUCACAACUGGCUCUUCGGGGAAGGCAUGUGCCGCCUCACAACAGCCUUUUUCUAUGGCAACAUGUACUGCUCGGUGCUGCUGCUCACCUGCAUCAGCCUGGACAGAUACCUGGCUAUCGUCCACCCCUUCUUCUCCCGCUCCUUCCGGAGCCCGAACUUUGCCACCUGUGUCUGCGUGGCUGUCUGGCUUCUGGCGGUUGCCUUCACAUUGCCCCUCACCCUCCGGCAGCAGUCGUACCAGCUGCACAGCACUGACCUCAUCCUGUGCCAUGAUGUCCUCCCUCAGGAGGAGCUGGCCUCCUACUACUUGCCGGUUUUUGGGUGCCUGAUAGUGCUGGGUUUCUUCUUGCCCCUGCUGGUCAUCCUGUUCAGCUACUGCUCCGUGAUCUGGGUCUUGGCGGCCAACGGAGAGAAGUACUCCCAUGCCAUCAAGCUCACAGUCCUAGUGCUGGCCUCCAUCCUCCUGUUCUUCACCCCCAGUAAUGCCCUCCUGCUGUUACACUAUUCCUAUACCAAGUUCGAGGACCUCUAUAUCUGGUACAUGCUGAGCCUGGCUUUUAGCACCUUCAACAGCUGCGUUGAUCCGUUCAUCUACUACUAUGUGUCCGAGGAAUUCAGGGGCAAAGUGAGGAGGCACAUUUUCCUUCAGGACAAGAGCACGGUGACCCUUCUGAAAGCCUCUAAGGAAACCACCCCCGGAACCCGCACCCAGUCGGUGUCUUUGGUGUAAGGGCCUCUGGCUGCGUCCCUUCCGCUGGCCUGGACCCCAGGCCUUGUGAGAAAUGAGCAGUGUCUUCUGGAAAUGUUCCCCCAUCAUUCAGGGAUGUCAGCUCCUGAGAGGACUGGAUGC